AUGAAGGGUUUGGAAUUUGGUGCCUUGAAAGGUUUCCUUUUGUGCUGCAGACUGAUUAAGCAAUGGAAUGGAGCUUUUGGUGAGAGUCAAGCCAAUUGCAGAUUCUCUUCUUGUAUCCACAUUGUGGGAAUAUUUCACUUUCCCCAUGAAAGGUAUAGAUCAUACAUGCUAACAUGGCUUGGACACGUGUCAUAUGACUGUUCCGUGGGGAUCAGGACAGUCGACAAGCUUCAAAUCAAGCCAAAACUACACGUGGAAAUUGGGUGGGACGUCAUCUUUCGCGGUGGGCAUAGCAUCUGUGAAAGCAAAGAUAACGAGAACCCACGAAAUAGACUUACGUGA